AUGGGCAAGCAGAACAGCAAGCUGCGCCCGGAGAUGCUGCAGGACCUGCGCGAGAACACGGAGUUCUCCGAGCUGGAGCUGCAGGGCUGGUACAAGGGCUUCCUCAAGGACUGCCCCACCGGCAUCCUCAACGUGGAGGAGUUCAAGAAGAUCUACGCCAACUUCUUCCCCUACGGCGACGCGUCCAAGUUCGCCGAGCACGUCUUCCGCACCUUCGACACCAACGGCGACGGCACCAUCGACUUCCGAGAGUUCAUCAUCGCGCUGAGCGUCACGUCCCGCGGCAAGCUGGAGCAGAAGCUCAUGUGGGCCUUCAGCAUGUACGACCUGGACGGCAACGGCUACAUCAGCCGCGAGGAGAUGCUCGGGAUUUCCCAGGCCAUCUACAAGAUGGUCUCCUCCGUGAUGAACAUGCCCGAAGAUGAGUCGACGCCGGAGAAACGGACGGAAAAAAUCUUCCGACAGAUGGAUACUAAUAACGACGGUAAAUGA